UGGGAACCACGACUUCUUCGCUUCCGCAGAAUGUCCACGAUUCCAUAUUUAUUUUUCUUUCUUUGGUGUCGGGGUUUGCCUUUAAAUGGUAACGAGGAAAGAGAGCGGGAACUUGUACAUCUUUCUGUGCUCCCUCUUGACUUAAGGGUCCCUAUAGGCAUUUAUUCUUUCUUCUCUCUCUUUUUUUCUCUUUGUUUUUGAGAUCUGUGCCUUUUUUUUCCUUUAGCUUCUUGAAAGCUUCAUUUUGUAAGAAUGGAAACCAUUGAAGUGAUGGUUCCAGCAAUUGAGCCUCCAACCAAGUCCUCUGACUCUCACCACUCUUCACAUCCUCCUUUGAAUGAAAGGAUCCUUUCAUCAUUGACCAGGAGGUCUGUUGCUGCUCACCCAUGGCAUGAUCUUGAGAUAGGACCUGGUGCUCCGAUUGUUUUCAACUGCGUGAUUGAAAUUUCGAAAGGAAGCAAGGUGAAAUAUGAACUUGACAAGAAAACUGGUCUUAUCAAGGUUGAUCGUGUGCUUUACUCAUCAGUUGUGUAUCCUCACAACUAUGGUUUCAUCCCUCGUACACUUUGUGAAGACAAUGAUCCCAUGGAUGUCCUGAUUAUCAUGCAGGAACCAGUUCUUCCGGGAUGCUUUCUUCGGGCUAAAGCUAUAGGUCUGAUGCCUAUGAUUGAUCAGGGUGAGAAAGAUGACAAGAUUAUUGCUGUCUGUGCUGAUGAUCCUGAGUAUCGCGACUACAAUGAUAUCAAGGAACUUCCGCCUCACCGUUUGGCUGAGAUUCGCCGCUUCUUUGAAGACUACAAGAAGAAUGAGAACAAGGAAGUUGCUGUUAAUGACUUUCUGCCAGCCACUACUGCUUAUGAGGCAAUCCAGCAUUCCAUGAAUCUCUACGCGGACUACAUAGUGGAGAGCUUAAGGCGGUAGUUGUUCAUCGAGUCUCAUCUAUAUAUAUAUAUAUGAAUAUGAAUAUAUUGCUGCUACAUAUUAAAGUCCUUUUCAUCGUUGCAAGAAAUUCAACAUCUCCUUGCAGACUGCACCCCGCAUAGACUGGUUUUGCGACAAAGUAAAUGUGUGCUCAUCCCUUACAGUACAUUUUCUAGUUGAAAUGGUUGUUGUUUAUGACGAUUAUGCAAUGACGAUGGCGAUAAUUUUGGAUAAUUCUCAAUGUAACGAUGAUGACUAUACAUUUUUUCAUUGGGCUGCCUAUUAAUUAUUUUGGUUGUUUAAUGCCUGUCACUUAUUUACUGUUUGAUGUAACCUUUCGGUUUUGUGAAUUAUUGUAUUGUUAUAUUGCUUACACAGAUUUGCUUGCCCUGUCAAGUUGUA